AUGUUUCAAAUUUUGAUACCUUUAAGAAUGAGAAUGAAUUUUGAUAAAGGGAAUUAUGUAAUAUUAAAAUUUCGCUACUGCUGAGAUAGAGAAAAAUCUUACAUUUUCAAUUUUUAUUAUUAUAUUAUCAUGUGCUGAAAAUCAAAUUUCUCGCCUUGGCCUAAGUUUUUCAAUGUGCAGGAGUUGGAGUUUUUAUGUUAA